UCAUUUUAGGAUGUCGAUCUCCGUGUCCAACACUUCCACAGCUUUUCUCAUCACGGAGAAGGAGGUCAUUAUCAUAUUGACACAACUCCAGAAACUAUUGAAUAUUUAGGGUAUUUCAACUUGGGCACUGUGCUGUAUCGUGUUGAUCAGCCAACGACUGGUCUGGAGUUUGGAAAGGAUUGAUCCGUUUUCUAAGAAUUGUCAUUAGAAUCUUAGCAUAUUUGAUCGCAAUAUCUUAUUCAUACUGUUUUUAAAACCACACAAAUGAUAUAAUAAAAGCAAACGCAUUCUUCGAACAGUGGCUGAAUUAAUUCUACUCGUCCGUACAGUCAUAAUGAAAUUGCCUUUUUAGUAGAUCGUUUAUACGCGUAUCGGUUGUUGUCCCGUGCACUAUAACUAUAGUGCAUAUUUCACACUUUCACAAUUAAGUGUAUUUAAAUCCGAUCACUGUUAUAUUUUCCAAAUCUUCCUACCGUCCUUAAUCCCCCAUAAUCUGUUUGACGUGCAAAGCUGUAUGUUAAUUCUAUCAGACGGCAGACGGUAGACGGCGGUACACCACGAAUAUCUCGUUCAGUAUAAUUGUGUAGUAUAGCUGAUAAGGUAGUCGGGCCAUGAAAAUGAAGUUCAGCAUCGAGUCCACUGCUUCUUACAAUAGUAUACACCCAGCAUACCAUUAUACAGAACAAUUUGCCAACAAUGCUCAAACGUAUCAAGAGGGUACCAAAUGGUUCGGUGUGUUUCUGGCGUUUAUGUCAGGUACAUUUUUCACUAUUAGUUCCGCGUUAGUUAAAGCGAUCCAAAAUGUUGAUCCCAUGGUGCUGCUGGCUAUAAGAGCUAUCUUGCAAAUGCUGGUCAUGGCCGUUACAGCGAUCAGAGCCUCCAAAAGUAUAUUCGGUCCAAAGGAUCAAAGACUGCUCUUGCAUUUCCAGGGAAUAGUAGGUGGUGCUACUCUAUCGCUGCUGUAUUAUAGUUUCCGUGAAUUACCCAUAGGAGAUGCAACGACUAUUAUAUUCAGCUCUCCGGUUAUCGUUAUCGCAUUGUCUUUCAUUUUCUUAAAGGAACCAUGCGGUAUACUACGUGUGAUAGUCAUGUGUUCACUCUUUGCAGGAGUAGUUUUUGUAUCCAAGCCACCAUUUUUAUUCCAGAUGCACAGAGCUGAACCAUAUAAUCUCAUCGGAUACCUGUGUGCUAUCCUAGCAACAGUUUUCACGGCUCUCAAUAUCGUUAUCAUGAGAAAGUGUUCAGAAAUUCAUUACUCUACGAUGAUCUUCAGUUUAUCGUGGUGGUCCCUUGUUACAGCAGUAUUUUUCUUCUGCAUUGUAACGGAGCAACAUGUACAGAAGCUGAAAUUGCCCACUGACUGGUUUACUUGGGCUAAAAUAGCAUUAGUGGCAAUUACUGGAUUGUCCGGUCAAGUUUUAGUGACCAAAGCAUUGAAAAUAGAAGGUGCAGGCAAAGUAUCGGUGACCAGAUCCUUGGACAUCAUAUUGGCCUAUGUUGUGCAAGUGUACUUCUUCGGGGACCAACCAUCUUCUACCAGUAUCAUUGGAGCGUUCUUAAUUAUAGUCUCUGUCGUGUGCAUGGGAUUUGAAAAAGAGAUUUAUAGUGUUUGCGAUUUUAUUCCCUAGUCAAAGAUACAGUAUCUUAAAUUAUUUAUCUGCUCUUAGCGUAAACAUAGAUAAUAUUAUACACAUUUUUAUGAAUGGUGAAAACAUUGUUAUUAUACUACUAAUAUGAUUUUGAUAAUAUAAAGUUUCCAGAUUUUACACAGUAUAAAGACGAUUUCUAUAUGCAACUACCAUUCAUUUACAUUGUUCUUUCACCGCAUUUCGUGUUUUCAUACAUAAACUUUCACCACAUAAAAUUUGCAUUCAGGAUAGAAAGAAAUGUGUCAAGUACUUUAGAGACAAAAGAAUCAACAAAAUUUUCAUAUAAUAUCGUGUUUAUCAUGUAAUCAUAAUCCGCACACUGUUCACUGUUUUAUCAUUAUGGUGUACAAAGUGGCGUUUACGAAAUUUUGAAAUGUAUAACUCAAUACGUAUUUACAAUUGUACAUACACUUUUUUACCAUAUGUAUCUAAAAUUAUCCGUGACUUUGUGCGGAUAUAAUUAAUAGUAUUUCUCGUAAUUACGGAUAAUUUAUUUAAAAAAAAAUACAUCUACGAUUAACAAUAAACCACUGUACCAUAUAUCGAAGAUAAUAAUAUGUACAGUUUUAUCAUUUCUUUUCGACUAUCUCAUCCUUGACAGAUACAAAUAUUAAUCUAAUCCAAAUGACGCUAGUUUAGUGCAUAUAUAUGUCUAUACAUAUUCCUUAGAGCUUAAUUUACAACCGAAGUGAUACAUGUACGUGUUUUCUUCUGAAAGUGUUUAAAAUGUUAUCAUGCAACACAGUAUUAUAUUAUACUACACUACUUAUUUAUAGUUUUCUUAUCCUUUAAAAAAGAAGCUACGGAUACUUACAUGCGAUCAACCGUCUUGGAAAAAGAAGCACUUGGAAAAAAAGAAGAAAGAAUUGUGUACAUGCCCAUUAAUCUUUGCUCUUGUUGCAAAACGUUUUAGACUUUUGUUUCAUAAAAGCUUCCGAUUUCUACUGCCUGCACUGGCUGCCUUAUGCACACAUCAACUCAAAGGAUUUAUUGAAAUCAUUGAAUCCACGCGAAAGAAACAUUAUAUAGCUACCGUUGAACGGGAAUGUAACUGUAACACUCUGAAAUAAAAAUCAUUUGUACACGA